CUCUCAACAGCCUCUAUUCCCUCCUUUUUCCUCUCUAGUCCCUAGUCCUAGACUCUUCCCUUCUCUCAGUCUUUUUUGUCUAAAAAUAAAAUAAACGCCAUUUAUCUUCGCUUCCUUAUCCCACAACUGCUAAACCAAAUACAGACACACACACAAAAAUACUUUCUCCGCGUGUUUCUCUUCUCUUCUCCACAGCACAGCCUUCCCCAUGAACCAAUAGCUAGCUUGCACACACACACACACACACACACACACACACACAGAGUGGUUUUAUAUGGCGUACCAUAACCACCACCUCCCCCAAGACCUCCCACUCCACCACUUCACAGACCAACAACACCAACACCAACACCAUAACCAGCCUCUCACUGAUAACUCCAUAUUGCCAGACCAGCUUGCUUCGUCACCAGACCACACCACCAAACCUGGCUCCGAUCCUCACCACUCGCUCCAAACCGCACCCAAUUGGCUCAACAACGCCCUUCUUCGCACCCACUACACCGACAACAACAACAACAAUAACAACUCCAACAACAACAACAACGUUAACGCUGCCAACAAUAAUAACGGCACCAAUUUCCUCAACCUCCAUACUGCCGCUUCCGACACCACCACCGGAGCCGGCGUUGCUGCUUCCCAAUCAUCUGGCCAAUGGCUUUCCCGCUCGAUUCUCCACCGUAACCGCAGCGAAGUCAUCGACGACGUCGCCGCCGCAGCAGCCUUGUCGCACGAAUCCGCCGAUUUGAAGGCGACCGGCGGUGGAGAGAAGAACGAGGACAGCGGCGGCCGGGACGGCCUGAUGAGCUGGCAGAAUGCUAGGUAUAAGGCGGAGAUUCUAGCGCACCCGUUGUACGAACAGCUUCUGUCGGCACACGUGGCGUGCUUGCGGAUCGCCACGCCGGUUGACCAGUUGCCCAGAAUCGACGCUCAGCUCGCACAGUCCCAGAAUGUGGUCGCCAAGUACUCUGCGUUCGGACAUGGGGCUCAGGACAUGCUUGGGGAUGAUAAGGAACUCGAUCAGUUCUUGUCGCACUAUGUUUUGUUGCUCUGUUCCUUCAAAGAACAACUCCAACAACAUGUCCGGGUUCAUGCAAUGGAAGCAGUUAUGGCUUGCUGGGAGAUAGAGCAAUCCUUACAAAGUCUAACAGGAGUUUCACCUGGGGAAGGUACAGGAGCAACGAUGUCUGAUGACGAAGAUGACCAAGUAGAUAGUGAUGCCAAUCUGUUUGAUGGUGGUUUGGAUGGUCCUGAUAGCAUGGGAUUUGGCCCUCUUAUUCCAACAGAGAAUGAGAGGUCCCUCAUGGAACGUGUAAGACAUGAACUAAAGCAUGAAUUGAAACAGGGUUAUAAAGAGAAAAUUGUGGACAUAAGAGAGGAAAUUUUACGCAAGAGACGAGCUGGGAAACUUCCUGGUGACACGACCUCUGUCCUUAAAGCUUGGUGGCAAUCACAUUCCAAGUGGCCUUACCCUACAGAGGAGGAUAAGACAAGAUUGGUGCAGGAAACGGGUUUGCAAUUAAAACAGAUCAAUAAUUGGUUUAUCAAUCAAAGGAAGAGGAACUGGCACAGCAAUCCUUCAACUUCUACUGUCUUGAAGAGCAAGCGCAAAAGAAGCAGUGCAGGUGAUAAUAGUAUUGAUCGUUACAUGUAAAUGGUGGAAAACUCGAGAACCAAUCCCUGACUGUACUCUGUUGGUUCUUUCUGUCGGGUCAAUCAUGCUGCAUGGCAAGGGAUUCAACGUAAAACAGUGGGGAGAAAACAUCACAUUUUGCUUCAGUUCAAGGAACAGGGUUAAAGCAGAUGAGGACGCUUGAAAGCCUGCAGUACCUGUGGUGCAACAAAAUUAGGGAGUUCAACUAGGAUUUGUAUACCGAAACCAAAUUGGGUAAUUCCGUGAGGUUAUGAUUAUUAGUCAGAUUUUAAUGUUUGUGAAAUAUGUGUACUAUGUAAUCGUGCGGGGUUGUGGGUGUACAGUAAUUAUCUGAGCAUUUUUCCUUCAA